AUGGGGAAUGAAACCAAGUAUCCUGUUCUUAGUAAAUUGGUAAUGAAUAUCCUAACUGUUCCAGUUACUACUGUUGUUUCAGAAGCAACUUUUAAUGUUGAGAAAAGGGUUAUUGAUCCGAAACGAUCAUCUAUGAAAACUAAGACAGUUGAAAUGGUACUUUGUGGAGGUGAUUGGGUGAAGGAGAAAUAUGAGAUUAAGAAGGACUGCUAUGCUAGUAUUCUUGAGGAACCACAAGAUGAACUUUUGACAUAUCAUUUUGGUGAAGAUUUAGGUGUCACUUCUUUACAACUGCAACUUGAAGAUCUCCGAUUAGAGAAUCAAACUAAACCACAUAGGUUGCAAUUAACAAAGCUUCAAUCAUCAAAUCCUAGCCGCAGUACGACAUUAAGUGUUCAUAUAGAAAACCAGGAAGAGUUUGCCAUGGCCGAUGCCAGUCCUAGGACCGAUAUUUCUACAGAUGUUGAUACCGAUGACCAGAAUCAACGGGGAGUCUUCAUAUCGAGCUCGGGUGAACAAACACAUUCACUGAGAGGAAAUGGGGCAAUGCGAUUCGAUGCAGAAUAUGCAAGGUGGCUAGAAGAGCAGAAUCGACAAAUUAAUGAACUAAGAGCAGCUGUAAAUUCUCAUGCAAGUGAUACCUUACUUCGCAUGAUUGUUGAUGGUAUAUUGGCACAUUAUGAUGAGAUUUUUAGGCUGAAAGGUGUUGCAGCUAAGGCCGAUGUUUUCCAUUUGUUGUCUGGCAUGUGGAAAAACCUGCUGAGAGAACAGCAGUUGAUGGGUAUUAUCAACUUGCUCCAAUCCUCCCAACAGGCAGAAGACGCAUUGUCUCAAGGCAUGGAAGUAUUACAACAGUCCCUCGCAGAGAUGUUGUCCACUGACUCCUCAGGGAAUGUGGCAAGUUACAUGGGUCAAAUGGCUAUGGCCAGGUAG